CAAAGAAUACACAACUGAAGAAGGAUUAGCAGCCUUCGUUGCCUCAUCCUUUGUUUUCCACUAAGAAAGAUUCCCUGGGCCAAGGCACUGGCACUGGCACUGUUCUCCUAGUACAGCACACCUGACUUGUGCUGGAUGGACACCUUCACUCCAGGACAAAUGGGCCCACUUUUGGUUCUGGUAGCAGCUGCUAUCUGGCAAGGCUCAGCAUCUCCCACCAUCUAUCCUAAUUCUGCCAAUCUGAGCGUGAACCAAGGAGACCCAGUCAAUUUACUUUGCUCAGGGAAUUUCCCUGUUGAAUGGAUCGGGAUCAAGAAUGGGUCCACCAUGAUGGUGUACAACAAUGGCACCCUCCAGAUUCCUCAGGCUAGUUGCAACCAGAUGGGAAGCUACCAGUGUGCUUAUAUCAACAAGACAGAAGAGGGGACUAGAUCUAUAUAUGUGUUUGUGACAGACCCCGACUCUGAGUGGUGUGGCCUUCACGAUGUGUACCCUACUGUGGAAAAGGGCCGUGAUGCCUUGCUUCCAUGCCUGAUUGCAGUCCCAGGAUUCACAGGCAACAUGACCCUCCUCAAAGACUCUUCUCCAGUUCACCGGACCUCAGAGGUCUCGUUCAGUCCCAAGGAGGGAAUAUGGAUUCACAAAGCAGACCUGAAUGAUAAAGGGUGGUAUGAGUGUCAGGCCCUGGUUCAAGGACGAUGGGUGACUUCGCCCAAAUUUUCUCUUUCUGUCCAAGAAAACCAUGCAUCUUUGACAGUCACUAUCAAAGGAGUGGUGGACCAUGUGCGGUUACAAGGAGAACCAUUCAACAUCACCUGCAGAGUACAUCACCACUCCUCUGACUAUAAGGUCAAAUGGAUCUAUCCCCCUGCUACGGAUCCCCUCUUGACUCCAGUGGAUUUGGAUACUGGAUUAGCUCAGUCAUACAUCACUGACUACAACCUAUUCAUUCCAGCAGUGCAGUUACAAGACAGUGGAAAAUAUACUUGUCUUGGAAACUCUGCAGAAUUAUCCAGAAAUUAUUCAGCUACUCUUCAGGUGCUAGAGAAAGGGUAUCUGCGCUUGUCCACAAUACAGAACAGAAUUCAGGAGACAAAUUUGCAUCAAAGGCUGAAUCUUCAGGUGUUCAUUGACGCUUAUCCUGGACCUUCAACGUAUAGAUGGAUACAUGUGAACUCAUCAGGAAAUUCCACAAGCAGUGGCCACAUGAGGUUUGGCCAUCACAGGCACAACAAUACACUCAAGCUGAAUUGGAUGGAGGAAAAAGACAGUGGCGAAUAUAUAUUUUUUGCAGAUAAUGGGGCAGCCAAUGCAUCUAUUCAUUUUGGCAUCUCUGUGAAAACUAAGCCAAAAGUUACAGUGCUGGCCAACAGUUCCGAUAGUCUUCUGUGUGAAGCGACUGGCUAUCCUGCUCCACAUAUUCAGUGGUACAAAGUGCUCCACCACAGCAACAGAUGUGAUCAAGGUGAGAUCCUGCUUUUGAAUGACUCCAGCCCAGAGAUCACAAAUGAAAUUCCCUUUGUAAGAGUGUCAUUGAAGAGUAUCCUUAAGGUGGUGGAGAAGGUCAGCGUGACCUUUUGCUGUUUUGCAGUUAAUAGUGCUGGAAAUGACUCCAGUUCCAACACAUUAUCUCUUGUUUAUAAAGGUAAGAUAAAUCUAAACAUUCAUUUCUUUAAAAAAUUAGUUUUCCUGGGGUGGGCAGCAACAGUGGGUUUUCUUCUUCUGUGUAUCGUUUUCUUACUCUAUAAAUAUAAACAGAAACCAAAAUAUCAGGUCCACUGGAAAAUCAUUGAGGCCUGUGAAGGAAACAAUUACACCUUUAUUGACCCCACCCAGCUUCCUUACAAUGAGAAAUGGGAGUUUCCUAGAAACAACCUGCAAUUUGGAAAAGUCCUUGGAGCUGGAGCUUUUGGGAAGGUGGUUGAAGCCACGGCUUUGGGGUUGGGACAGGAAGAUUCUGUCUUGAAGGUGGCGGUGAAAAUGCUGAAAUCAACAGCACAUACAGAUGAGCAAGAAGCUCUAAUGUCUGAGCUGAAGAUCAUGAGCCACUUGGGUCACCAUGAGAAUAUUGUCAAUCUUCUAGGAGCAUGUACCCAUGGAGGCCCCAUCCUUGUAAUUACUGAGUAUUGUCCAUAUGGGGACUUGCUGAAUUUCCUGAGAAAAAAGGCUGAGCAUCUCAUAAUCCAGGAUUUAACCUUGGAAUCUACUCUUGAUAGCAUGGCAACUGAUUACAAAAAUAUCUACCUUGGAAAAAAGUAUGUCCAAAGAAGCGACAGUGGAUUCAGAAGCCAAGGUGUUGACAGUUAUUUGGAAAUGAAAUCAGUCACAGCAUCAGUGCCUAUGCCAGCACAAGGAAGAAGUUCGGUUUCAGCUGAGGGAACAGAAGACCUACAUUCUCUUGACCUCAUUGACUUGCUGCAGUUCUCCAACCAAGUGGCCCAGGGAAUGACUUUCCUGGCUUCAAAAAAUUGCAUCCAUCGAGAUUUGGCAGCACGGAAUGUGCUAGUGGCUGAUGGACUAGUGGCCAAGAUCUGUGACUUCGGCCUGGCCAGAGACAUUAUGAAUGAUACUAACUAUGUUGUCAAAGGCAAUGCUCGCCUGCCAGUGAAAUGGAUGGCACCAGAGAGCAUCUUUGAAUGUGUCUACACAAUACAGAGCGAUGUGUGGUCUUAUGGCAUCCUUCUCUGGGAGAUAUUCUCCCUAGGAAGAAGUCCCUAUCCUGGCAUGAAAGUGAACAGCAAGUUUUAUAGCCUUGUAAAACAAGGAUAUCAUAUGGGGAGGCCAGAUUUUGCUCCAGAUGAUAUGUACAGUAUAAUGACGGCAUGCUGGGAAUUGGAGCCCACUCAGCGGCCUACCUUCAGUCAAAUCUGCACCUUAAUUCAAAAACAGCUGGAUGCCAUUAAGGAACAGGAUUAUACAAACUUGCCCUGUCCCAGAGAAGAGGAGGACAGUGGAUGUGAGCCUGCCAGCUACUUUGAUGAAUCCUGUGAGUCAGGAGAAGUGGAACAACCUCUUCUUAACAGCAACAAUUACCAAUUUUGUUAGGGGGUGUGUGCUGGGCCUUCUUGAUGAUUAAAUACCAACUGAGAUUGGACUUGGACUUCAUGCAACCACAUCCCUUCUUGAGGCUUUUGCAUCAGAAAACAAAACAUUCAUAUGUAAGUCACAGACUGGGGUUAUGCCCUGCACUGAGAGCAGAUUUCCAAGUGCUCCAUUCUACCUGAUUCUAACUCUUGGCAGGAGGGCUUCAUCACUGUUGUUAGCUUAAGGUAGGGUAUAUAGGAAGUUAGAGAAUCAUCGUAUCAAAUCUGCAAAAUGGGAGCCAUGCUAAGCACCAGUUGCAGGUAACAAGGCUUACAAAGGCAGAUGGACUUUUCUUUUCUCUGUACACCUUUCUUCUACACACUAUCAAACUCAUAAAAUAUAGUAUGUGAAAGGGAAAAGAAUCAGACUACCAACAUUUUGAACGAGAUGGGGAAUUUUGCAGGGCAAGAACAGGAAGAGAAAGAAAUAGAGGCAUUCCCAUUGUGACCUGCCAUUCCACAGUCACUUCUUAUGGCAAAGGUGGGCAGGCUAUGUCCUAACCU